UCUCUCUCUCCUCCCGACUUCUGCUUCUUGCCACGUCCUCAAUCCAUCCUCCGGUCGUCCCCUACCCCGCGGCGAAACCCUAGUUCGUCACCUCCCCGCCCGUCGCCGCCGGCGUAUGGCGUCAGCCUGAUCAGCUCAGCGACACCCCACCUCUGCCAUUGCCCCCAGCAUCUGAUGUUCCUCUCCCGCAUCGUCCUGCGCGACCUGGACUCCAUCGACUCCCUGGCCUCCAUGGCGUCCUCGAAGAAGGUGGUGACCCGCGAUGAGUGGGAGCGGAAGCUCCGUGACGUGAAGAUACGCAAGGAGGACAUGAACCGCCUCGUCAUGAACUUCCUCGUCACCGAGGGCUUCGUCGACGCCGCCGACAAGUUCCGCGUCGAGUCCGGCACCCAGCCGGAGAUUGACCUGGCGACCAUCACGGAUCGGAUGGACGUUAAGAGGGCAGUACAGUCGGGGAAUGUUCAGGAGGCCAUCGAGAAAAUCAACGAUCUUAACCCCACGAUUCUGGAUACGAAUCCCCAACUAUAUUUUCAUCUUCAGCAACAGAAACUAAUAGAGUUGAUUCGUGCGGGAAAAAUAAAUGAAGCUUUGGAGUUUGCUCAAGAAGAACUCGCACCAAGAGGCGAAGAAAAUCAAACAUUUCUUGAGGAAAUAGAGAAAACCGUGGCACUACUGGUUUUUGAAGAUAUAAAAAAUUGCCCUUAUGGGGAACUGUUGGAUGUGGCUCAACGCUUGAAGACUGCAAGUGAAGUUAACGCUGCAAUUCUUACAAGCCAAAGUCAUGAGAAAGAUCCGAAACUUCCUAGCCUGUUAAAGAUGUUGAUUUGGACUCAAAAUCAACUGGACGAAAAGGCAGCAUAUCCACGAAUCAAUAGUUUGUCAACUGCUGCACUGGAAGAUCCAUCGAUAUGAAUCUGCUUCCGAGGUGAUGAUAACGGAGCGUACGCACCAUGCUCGCCUAGUGCCCACACGAGUUCUGCCCUGGAUCUGUUAAUAGGUCGUCGCCUGCAGCGAUUGAGUGCACUGCUUUCUUCAGAGUUUGAGCUCAAUGCAAUCAAUUGAUCAGAAAACUUCACCUGUGCUGUACCUGUACAUGAUGUAGAAUACAUUUUCGACCCUUUAAAAUAUUGGAUUUGAUUUUUCACGAAUCAUCUUCCUUUCAAACUUGUGGUACUUGCAAUACGCAAAUGAUUUCAGUCAAAGUUUAGGCCUUGAAUUCA